UCUCUACUGAGUCUUUCAUGUUUUAAAUAUUUACCAUUAGUAGAAAAAUUAGUAGUAGCAGCUGCAUAUGCUGAAAUUGGGUUACAGGAAGUCAGCACAUGAGGGGCAGAGGGGUGACAGGUCAUUAACUCAACACUUGUAUUUCACUUCACUUUUAAUUUUUCCUUCUGCUUACAGUUAAGAAAGUUGCUAUUCAGAUAUUUCGGCUCCAUCUGUAGGCCGUGGUAAUAUAACCUGGUCAUCGGUGGCAGCUCAUAAUAUAACAGGAUUGUUAAUUUCAUUGUCGUAGAGACGUCUGCACCCUCUGUGGUUAGUGGGUUGGUUGAGUGAUGGUUAAGAAAUAGGUGAUUAAACUUGAUAAUGUGUCUUGAGGAUGUAAGAAACGUCAGAGGGCAUAGAAGAAUGGGCUUGCAAUGUAUACGGCUGAGGUUUGUGAAAAUUUUGUGGGGUUUUAUUAGUAUAACCACGCAGAAUUGGAUCGCUUAAAUUUUUUUUUAUAUGACAACAGUAACAAACGCACACUGUAUAGUGCACGGUUUAUGUUCUUAGGAUUUCUCCCAAAUACAAGGCAUGGGUUAUGUUCCGUUAAUAAAACUGAAGCCGACAGUGAUAAUUUACAGAUUAACAAAAAGUUUUUAGCCCCAAGGCUGGUUAAUUCUUUUCCAAAGCACACACGAAAAGGAGACUUAAAAAUCCUAUGUUAAGGCCAGUAUGUUACCCCGAAAAUUUUCUAAAGCAAAAACAAUCUAGCAGUUUUAAACCACAGGCAAUUUACCAACCAAAAAUCUGUGUAUUCGCUGUUGAAAUGUGAAUGAAUCCAGAAAAUACAGUAUCCAGGCAUGACCACAAUAGAAAAGGAAAAAGACUCUGAUUUCUGUUAUUUUGGCCAAGCGAUGAGAAUCGCAGGGUACAUUCUCCUCCAUGCCGUCAGAACAAUAACCACGUCAGCCCUGCUGCCGGGAAUGACAAUGACAUCAUUUCUGUUCAAAGCAAGACUUUCUCAUUUCAAAACAUAAUUGCACACAGUUGCAUCAUUCUAGUGAACGCCAGUCUUGGAUUAUACUCAAAUUACUAGAAAAUCAUCAAGAUAACGAAUGCAUUGAAUGGAAGAUGUCAGGUUAACUAAAGGUUGAUUUUAUCAGACAUGGACUAAGUAUGUCCUUGUAUAUCACAGUUUUCAUAAAAACUAUAAACAAAAUGAAAGCUUUAUUAUUUAUAUUGUAUCACUUAUUAUCUCUGUAACGUAUAUUAUUUUCCCAUAAACUGGUACCGUUUUAUAAAAGUAAUUAACUACCAUGUCUGAAAACUGAAGAUGACUGAACAGACUUUUAUGCACCUUUUCACAACUUUGCAUCUUGCUCUGUAGACGUAUCUCAUGAGGGUAUUUCUCUGAUUCAUUCAUUUCUGUGACCCAGCAAUUAACGUGCCAUGACACUAUAAAGUCAGUCUGUAACAUGCAUCUUCACUCUUGACAGACCUGUUUCCUUUUAGACACCUUGGCAGAUGCCUCGACAUUCCCAGAGCAAAACUGGGUGUGCUUUUAAAUCUGCUGAUGUUCGGUUGGAUGAGUGAGGGUGACCCUGCAUUGUGGUGCAGAGGAAGCUUUUCCUGUACUCCUGGGCACCAGGACAUUUCGUGACUGGGGUUCAUGGGCAUUUCAAGCGGAACUUAGAGCCCCAGACUGGGAGACCUUUCUGGACUCGACGGGGUUACAGCAUCCAGACAGGGUGUAAGAUGAGAGGUUCUAGUUCCUGGUUGCCAUGAACCCUGACGUUCCCUCAGAGAUGUGAUAGAACACACAUGCCCAAGACACAGUCAAAACCACCUUUAUUUGUAUGCUUAACAAACAGGGAACGCUAUGUAAUGACAGUGACUCUUUCUAAGGUAGCUGCCAGUUUUCUGGAUCUGCUGAUAUAUACUCAAAAUUUUCAUCGGUGGGGAGUUGCUGAAACGUGACAGCACAAUCAUUAAAAUCAGCUUUAAAAUUCUGCGCUCCUGAGUACACUAGUGUGUGAACAUGCGGCAUUAUUUUUACAUAAACCCUGAAAGUGCAUUAAUUAAAUCAGCAGUUUGUUUCAAGAUGUCCAUCUGGUUUAUUCUUUGGAUUAGUCUGUGUAGAUAUUUUUCUCAAGAAAAAAUAAGUGAAAAUAUAAAAUUUACAAAUAUACCCUAAGUCUAAUAGUAAAGUGUGGUUAUGCAGAUUUCAUUCUGUGGAAUUCCGUAGAAUUGUCAAAAUUGCUCUUGUUUCGCAGGUAAGGUGAAAUCAAAGCAGAGGGUUUGCCCCUUUGGGGUUAUUCCAGGCAGUUAUGAGAAUUCGAUUUACGGUACUGGGCUCAGUAUGUGACAGACAGUGGUUAAGCUCUUACGGUCCAUUGAAAGUUCUGAAAGCAUUUUUUGCUAAGAAGUAAACAGAAUAAAACGGGUAUCACCGUGAACUGGUCACUAGCCGAAAAAGACGGUCAGGAGAGCAGAAAGGGCCCAGAUGUGAAGCGAACUGCUUACUGAGAGCUGAAAUGUGAUAAAACUCAGGGCGUUUUGUCUAUGGUGAAGGGAGGACUGUGGGGGAGGGUUUUUGAGAAGCCCUCUCCCUUCCAUGGGGGAUAGGACCACCCCCCAGACAGGGUCUCCACCUCUGGAUGCAUGUGCCUGUGUGACUGCGGAGGCCUCUGGUAUUUUGGGGGCUUUCCUAACUGGCUUUUUUGCUCAUAUGUUUCCUGGAAACAAGUGACACAAAGAGAGAGCAAAAGAGCGACUAAAAAAUAGAAAAACAUUAACCGCAGCAAUAUCUUAAGCCAUCUGCUGAGAACGGAAACUACACACACCUUCUGCUGCGCAUCAUUGAUAUUUGGUGUUGUAUACUUAUUCUUAGUCCUGCUUUGAAAGGGAAGGGUGUGAAUUGGUGCCAGACAUGCAGGUGAAGUAGGAGCAUUUCUUGUGGAGAAGAGGCCUGUCUCCUUGGAAGAAAGUCAAUACAACAUCAACAUGAUCGAAAACGAGUUCAUGAUGGACUUCCCGUACUCGUUCGUGCCGUCUGUGAAGAGCGAGCCUUACCUGUCAGACACAGCAAACGGGCCAUACCUACAGAUCAUCGAGGAGCCCAAACAGAGGGGAUUUCGAUUUCGCUAUGAGUGCGAGGGCCCCUCCCAUGGUGGUUUGCCCGGCGCCUCCAGUGAGAAGAAUAAGAAGACCUACCCCACAGUGAAGGUGUGUAACUACAUGGGUUACGCCAGGGUGGAGGUGCAGUUGGUGACGCACAUGGACCCCCCUCGGGUGCACGCACACAGCCUGGUGGGCAAGCACUGCAACGACAGUGGCAUGUGCAGCAUGGAAGUGGGGCCCACUGACCUGACGGCGCAGUUCAACAACCUGGGCAUCCUCCACAUCACAAAGAAAGCGGUCUUUGAGGUCCUCUCCAAGAGACUUAGGGAGGAGAAGCUGAAGCUGAAGGGACCGAACUACCACCUCACUGACACAGAAGAGCAGGAAAUACUAAAGGAGGCCAAAGAGCUGGGCAACAAGAUGGACCUGAAUGUGGUGAGACUGAAGUUCACGGCUUACCUGCAGGACGGCGAUGGGGGCUACACCCGAGCCCUGAAGCCGGCUAUCUCCAAGCCCAUCUAUGACAGCAAGUCACCCAACGCUUCUAACCUGAAGAUCUCCCGCAUGGACAAGACCUGCGGCUCCGUGCUGGGUGGAGAUGAGAUCUUCCUUUUGUGUGACAAGGUGCAGAAAGAUGAUAUUGAUAUUCGCUUUUUUGAGGAGGAUAAGGAGGGAGCCUGGGAAGACUUUGGCGAUUUCUCUCCCACAGACGUCCACAAACAGUACGCCAUUGUGUUUAAGACUCCCAAAUACCACACUCCGGACAUCGAGCGGCCUGUCACCGUGUUCCUGCAGCUGAAAAGGCGGAAGGGGAAUGACUGCAGCGAGCCUAAGCAGUUCACCUACGUGCCGCAUGUGCAAGACAAGGAGGAGGUUCAGCGCAAAAAAAAGAAGCCCCUCCCUCACUCCUUUGACCCAUGGAAUGGGCCUCCUGGGGGGGCUGCCGGGACUGGCCGAGGACCUGGGAGCUUCGGAGGAUCAGGUAGAGGAGGAAACGGUGGAUUCCCCUUUAACCCACAGCUGGACAUGGGCUUCAACUCCAUGGGCACCUUCAUGGGCAAUGGCACGCGCAUGGCAGCCUCGGUGCCAGCCCCCAGUACCCCCGCCGACCAGCAGGAGGGCAGCAGAGUGCCACCAGGAGGGCCCCCCCUGCAGCAGCAGCUGCUUCAGAUUGCUUCCAUGCUGCAGAAUCGCGCCACACAGACAACCCGGCGUACCGCCAGGGCCCUACUGGACUACUGCAGCACGGGCGACGUGUGCCUCCUGCUGGCCGUUCAGAGGCAGCUCUACUCCGUGCAGGACGAGAAUGGAGACACGCCCCUGCACCUGGCCAUCAUUCACCAGCAGCCUGCGGUGGUCCAGCAGCUGGUGUAUAUGAUCAGCACCAUUCCCCAGCAGCAGAUCCUCAACAUCCGCAAUCACAUGAACCAGACUCCCCUGCACCUUGCAGUCAUAACAAAGCAGCCCAAGGUGCUGGACUUCUUGCUGAAAGCAGGGGCCGACCCCACCCUGGUGGACCGGGAUGGCAGGACGGUGCUACACUUGGCAGCGGAUAUCGGUGACGAGUUUGUGCUGCGUAUCCUCCUGACCCACCUAAAGGAGAACUACGGCCACCUGUUCAACACAGCCGACUACCAUGGGCUCUACCCACUGCACCUGGCCGUGAAGAAGGGGGGCGAGCGCUGCCUGCGGGCGCUGGUGCUCUGCGGUGCCCGGGUCAAUGCGGUCGAGCUAAAGAGCGGCAACACAGCUUUGCACCUCGCCGUCAGAGAGAACCUCUUCAAGGUGGCCUGCAUGCUCAUCACAGAGCUGAAGGCCGACGUGAAUGCCAGCACCUUCUGCGGGAACACACCCCUCCACCUGGCAGCCAGCCUGGGCUCCCCAACACUCUGCUCCAUGCUCAUUGCUGCAGGUGCCAGGAAGGACCUAGAGAAUGAUGAGCCCCUCUUCCUCAGCUCCUCUGAUGAGGAAGACGAUGACAAGGAAGAUGAGGCUGUAGAAGAAAUGGGUAUGCAACAGCAGACAGCAUCUUCCCCCAGUGAGGUGCCAAAGAACCCCCGCAAGAGAGCCGGAGGCCAUACCCCCUUAGACCUGGCCAGGUGCCAGAAGGUAAGAGCAAUUCUGGACAGUAGAGAGAGCGACAGGCCGAGCAGAGAAGUCCCCAAGCCCAGCGAGAAGCAGGAGGAAGCAAAACCGCAAAUGGACAGCGAGACACUCAGCAAACUCUGUGGUAUUCUGAGCCAGUCCCACGUGCCGCUGCGGCAGCUAGCUGAGAAGCUGGGCAUGCUCACACUGGCCGACCUGUACCAGAAGAGUCCUUCACCCUGCCAGCACCUGCUGGAGAACUACCAGUUGGGCGGUGGUCAGCUGGAGACUCUGGUGGAGGCCCUGCAGUCAUUGGGUCUGAAUGAGGGAGUGAAGCUGCUGAGACAGACUGAGCUGAGGGACAAAGCCCAGAGCACAGGUAUCCAUGGCUGCAUAGUUACAUGUGUAUGCUGGGGUGGCAGCUUACAAUGUCUAAGGCCUGGUUCAUACUUCAUGCAGACAGUCCUGCAACAGCAAGCACACUGUAAUGCUGGACUGUCCACGAUGCCAAAUGUUCUUGCACCACGCCAGGCAGCCAUGUGCUUUGAUGGCAGGCCUGGGGUGGCGCUAUAGAGCAAAGCUGAAAAAGUUUAUGAAAUGUGGUUUGGAUGUCACAUUAAAAAUACAAAUUUUACUAAAACUAAUCAUACAUUGUGUCCUUACAGUAUGCAAGGCAGGGUUAUUAUCGUUAACAAAAACAUUUUCGUGAACUGAAAUAACAUACAAAAAUAAAAAUUUAAAACUUAAACUAAGUGAAAUAAAUUAAAAUCAAAUGUCAAAUGCUUUCUGUUACUAAAGCAAUGAUUUGUGGAAAUGGCCAACUACAUCACAACAUUUUACAGUAGCUAGUCCUACAACUUUCCGUCUAUCCAUUUACCCAAAUAAAAUUACAAAAACUUUAACUGAAACUAGAAAAUAUAAAAACAAAACGCAUAGAUCUUUAAAAUACCAUGCUGAAAACUAACUAAAACUAACCUGGAUUCCAAAUAAAAAUCGAAAAUGAUAUAAGAACUAUAUUAACGAUAAAACAAACAAGGACACUAAUGCAAGGACUUACUAAUGCAAGGAUUUACUGGUAUAUGGCGUUGCCUUACAAAUGUAUUUUAUUUCAGUUUAUAGCCAUCUGGGAGUCUUUAAAAUCCUGUAGCAAGGAAUCAUAUAAAUGCCGGUAUUUCUGGACUUUCUCAGUCAACUAUAGAGGGUAGAAAAAGUGUUUGUAUACAAUCUUGGGUCUAUUUUCUUUCUGACUACCUGCUACUGUUCCCCUGGCCAAUGAAUGAUCGAGGGUUAUUUGCACCUCUAAAAGGACCAGCUGCAGUGUUUCACUUUUCGAGUGUUACGUGCCUUUGUGUGCGGCACCCCUAUGCGGUCUCCAAGGCUGGCCUCUAGAAUGGAAAUUACGCCACCAUCGCUGCAUGCGUCAUAGCGCUGCCACAUUCUUGUGAAAUAUGAACUAGCCUUAACAGGGGAGGUAACCACCAGCCUUCUAGUGCAGUGAGUAUGAUCUCACGCCAUUAGACCUUUUGUCUAACAUCAGUACCUACUUCACACCCUGCCACUAUGACACCUCCUUCUAUCUCUGCUGUCAUGUAAUGACUGACCUCCAUUUUAUCUGCCUGGCUUUGUAUCAGAUGCCACCGUAGACAGUGGCUUUGGCAGCCAUGUGACAGAAGAUGUGGAGGAACAGGAGAUCCAGCAGCCUGUGAUGGCCGACCCAUGAAACACCCAGCUGACCUGUAGAGGGGAGAGGAGCCGGCCGGGGCAACACCUCACAGUCUCAGACAGUUCAUGUAUUUCAAACAGACAUGGGUCCCAAGAGUCUCUCUUGCAAUAUACAUGACAGAGAUUGGUCCGCUCAUCUGCUCAUCGAGGUGGGGUUGGGAGUGGGGGGUUGGGGAUAAGACUGUUCUUAGAAAUUCUCGUUGCCAUGGUAGCGGUACAGCUAGCAAAUGACAUCACAGGAAUCCAGCUCAGACCUGUGGUGGCUGAGUCAUCGGGCCGGGAUGCCAUUGCGUUUGCAAACGACUGACUGCCAUUCAGACAUGCACAGAAAGGGAGAAUUACUUGUGUGAGAUGUUCAAUAGACUCGGAGAUCUAAAAGCCCAAGAAACCAACAAAAUAAAAAGCCGCCACUAGCACUUAAGGUUUACACCCAGCUUUAAGAGAUAUUUAUUUGACCUAUUUCCACCAGCAUAUGUACAGACCUGUAUUGCCAUUUUCUGUGUUGAUUGUAUUGCUUAGAAGUAAAAAUGAAUGUGCUAUUUUCAGACCAUGAUGAAUGCUAAAGCUUUAUAUUGGAAAAUAAAAAGGUAUAAAUUGAUAUAAAAAACA